AUGCCGCUCAACCCUUCUCGCCUGACUGUUGACCCCAACGUGACGCCCGAUGCACCCGCAGAAGAGCAACCUGUGCUCGGCAUCAUAGGUAUGGGCGCUAUGGGCAAAAUGUACGCGAAGUACCUGUCUAGAGCCGGUUGGAAGAGGAUCAAUGUCUGCGACCGUCCCGAGAAUUACGAUGCUUUGUCCUCAGCUUACACGGACGACCCCGGCAUCACAGUCAUGCAGAACGGUCAUCAUGUUGCACGUACGGCAGAUUGGAUAAUGUACUCGGUCGAGGCCGAGUAUAUCGACAGGGUCGUUGCCGAAUAUGGUCCUUCUACCAAGGUCGGAUGCAUCGUAGCUGGACAGACUUCUGUCAAGGCACCUGAACAGGCCGCAUUUGAGAAGCACCUACCUGCAGAUGUUCACAUCGUGUCUUGCCAUUCACUCCAUGGGCCGACUGUACAUCCCAAAGGUCAACCCAUGGCGAUUAUCAGGCAUCGUGCGUCUGACGAAGCGUUGGCUCUCGUUGAGAGUAUCCUUCGACCUUUCGAGUCGCGCUUCGUGCAUAUGUCCUACGAAGAACACGACAUUGUAACGGCUAACGUGCAAGCAGUUACGCAUGCUGCUUUCCUCAGUAUGGGCACCGCGUGGGCGAACGCUGCCUCGUACCCUUGGGAACACGGGUACUACGUUGGCGGCAUAGAGACGGUCAAGGUGAACCUCAUGCUGCGAAUCUUCUCGAACAAAUGGCACGUCUACGCCGGUCUUGCUAUCCUGAACCCUUUCGCAUGCGUCCAGAUCGGGCAGUUCGCGCAGAGCGUGACAGACAUCUUCAAGCUCAUGCUUGCUGCGGACGAGGAGGGCCUACGUACGCGCAUGUACGACGCGAGGCAGCGUGUCUUUGGCGAUAUCGAUGCGUACAAGCAAGGCCAUCGCCCUGUUCUACUUUCAGAGGACAUCCUGGAUCGAUUUAGCCUGGGAAAGAUUGCAGCAACAUCUCCCUCGCAGUCCAACAGCCGCGUUGGAACGCCUUCAGGCCAUCACAGUCCUGAGCGCACCCCAGUCAACUCGCAUCUAUCGUUGCUAGCCAUGGUUGACUCUUGGGCGCACCUGAACAUUCAGCCGACAGUCCACCUCGAACUCGCCGCUACACCCAUCUUCCGUAUGUGGUUUGGCGUCGCCGAGUACCUCUUUCUCUCCAAGGAGCGACUGGACAACGCGAUACACGCCGCUCUCUAUGAUACAUCGCAUCGGUACGACGACGUUGAGUUCGUCGUGGCUUCGCGUGGAUGGAGUCAAUGCGUCUCAUUCGGGAGCUUCGAUCUCUACAGGAAGAGGUUUGAGGAAACGGCCGACUUCUUCAAGCCUCGGUUCGAGGAAGCGAAUAAGGUCGGAUCGGAGAUGUUGAAGGCUAUUCAGGAUAAGGAGCCGAUACUUCAGACACCGAGUAUGCAGUGA